CUUAAAAAAACAGAAAUAAGAUAAACCCGAAUUCUCCUUUUUACUCUGCCCAAACCCUAGAUCCAAUCUCCGAUGGCCACUUCAAAGAAUUCGGGCGGCCUCCGCCAGUUGUUAGAAUCGACGUACUCCGUCAUCGCUCUGCUCUUCAUUUUAGUAGCCUGCGUCGAACUCUGCGAUGCCGCCGCUGCCGUCGACGUCUACCGUCUUAUCCAAUACGACAUGUCCGGUACCCCUUUCGGAUCUCGAUUCGCCGCCCUCAACCACCACGCCUCCUCCUUGCGUUUCCCUCCUGGCGCCGAUCUUUCCAGAACCGUUCUCAUCAUCCCUCUUCGCGAAUUGAAUGUCACCUUCGUUCGAGAAUAUAUUACUCAGAAAAAGCCGUUAGGAGGGUUGUUAUUUUUGCUUCCUGAAGUACUUAGCUUUAAACAAGGAGGGAAUAAGCAAGUUCAUGAAAAAGGGAAAAUGAAAAAAUUAUUGAUGGAGCUCGAACAGUUGCUUGUACAUUCAAAUAUACCUUAUCCUGUCUAUUUUGCUUUUGAGAAUGAUGACAUUGAUACUGUGUUGGCUGAUAUCAAGAAGAAUGAUGCGAUGGGUCAGCCUGCUACUGCAACUACAGGCGGAUACAAGCUUGUUAUCCCAAUAGCAGAACCUAAGAAAGUUGCAUCUCCCACAAUCACUAAUAUCCAGGGGUGGUUGUCUGGAUUAAAAGCUGAUGAAGAUGCAAAUCAACUUCCAACCAUUGCUAUUGUGGCUUCUUAUGAUACGUUUGGAGCUGCUCCUGUACGCAUUAUCAUGGGAAGUGACAGCAAUGGAAGUGGCAUUGUGGCUCUUCUUGAAAUGGCAAGGCUUUUCUAUCUUCUCUACUCAAACCCUAAGACAAGAGGAAGGUACAAUUUACUUUUUGGCCUGACAUCUGGUGGACCAUAUAACUACAAUGGGACUCAGAAGUGGCUUCGGAGUUUUGAUCAACGUCUACGUGAGAGUAUUGACUAUGCUAUUUGCUUAAAUAGUAUUGGUUCUUGGGAUAAUGAAUUAUGGAUUCAUGUGUCCAAGCCUCCUGAGAAUGCCUACAUCAAGCAAAUUUUUGAGGGUUUCUCUAAUGUAGCUGAGGAGUUGGACCUCAAAGUUGUCUUAAAGCACAAGAAAAUUAAUAUUUCCGAUCCUCGAGUAGCUUGGGAGCAUGAACAGUUCUCAAGGCUGAGAGUCACUGCUGCCACUCUUUCUGGAUGUCCUGUUGCACCAGAACUCUUCGAAGGCACUGGUGGUCUGUUUGACGGCAGACAAUAUGUGAAUGAAACUGCAAUUGUUAGAGGUGUGAAGUUAGUUGCUGAAAGUCUUGCGAGGCAUAUCUAUGGUCACCAGGGAAAAAGUGCCCAAAUUUUUGCAGAUGAGAGUAGUUUGUCUGUCAAUCCUGCAUAUAUACGAUCUUGGCUGAAUCUUUUAUCACAAACACCUCGAGUAGCUCCAUAUCUGUCAAAGAAUGACCCUUUUGUCAUGGCAUUGAAAAAGGAAUUAGCUGGUCAUGCUGACGAAGUGAAUGUGCAACAUGAGAAUCUUGAAGGGAUAUUUACUUUCUAUGAUUCAACUAGCGCUAGGUUAAACAUAUAUCAGGUUGCUAGUGUAACAUUUGACUUGCUGUUACUCCUUGUUCUGGGAUCGUAUUUGAUAAUGCUCUUCUGUUUUCUUGUCAUCACAACUAGGGGUGUUGAUGAUCUAAUCGGUUUAUUUCGCCGACCCCCUUCUCGAAGGGUGAAAACUGCUUGAUUGAUGAAGUAACAUUAUACACAGAAAUGCAUGGUAUGAAUGGUUUUCUGAUAUAGCAUAAAUUGAAAUCUCUGGGGUUCUCAAGUUGAUACUAAUGAUUUUACUAGUUUUAUCUUGAGGGAUGCUUUUAAAUUUUGCUCCAAAAUAGAUGGUAACUUUAUUUUUCCAAGAAUGGAAUCAAUCAAAAUGCAAGAAAUUUUAGUCAGAUCUAUUCGAUACGGUUUUCAAUAUUUA